CUAUUUACAUACUAUAGUUCUACGGUUCUACACUGUCCAACACGUUGUACUAACAAUUGCACAGCAAAUUUAGUGCAUAUUUUCUGUUUUUACAAAAUGUUUCGAUUAUUCACUUCGUUAUAUCCGCAAAGUAGAAAAUUGCUUGUCACUGCAACUAGUUCUUUAUCCCAAAAUAAGCAAACGUUAUUGGCAGAAUGUAUUCGAAAUUUCACAGUGAGUUCAAAGCUACAUAAUUGGCCACAGAUCCAAAAACCUGCACCAGAGUUUUCUGGUACUGCAGUAGUUAAAGGUGACUUUAAGGAGAUUAAGCUGAGCGACUAUAAAGGAAAAUAUGUUGUUCUGUUUUUUUAUCCAUUAGAUUUCACAUUUGUUUGUCCAACGGAAAUCAUAGCAUUUAGCGAAAAAAUCUCAGAUUUUGAAGCUCUCGACACUCAAGUGAUUGGAGUUUCAACGGAUUCACACUUCAGCCACUUGGCAUGGAUUAAUACUCCCAGGAAACAAGGUGGCCUUGGAGGAGACUUGGGCUAUCUUUUGAGCGAUUUUAACAAGGAGAUAUCAACUAAAUACAACGUUUUAUUACAAGAUUCAGGAAUUGCACUCAGAGGUUUAUUCAUCAUUGAUAAAGAGGGAACUCUUCGACAGCUUAGCGUCAAUGACCUUCCAGUUGGUAGAAGUGUCGAGGAGACAUUGAGACUGAUCAAGGCUUUUCAAUUUGUUGAGAAGCAUGGGGAAGUGUGUCCUGCAAAUUGGCAACCAGAUUCCAAAACCAUCAAACCAAAUCCAAAAGACAGUAAAGAAUACUUUGAAACGGUUAAUUAAGCAUGCAUUUUAUUUAAAGAUAGGCAUAUGUACAAUACCGUAGAUUAUAACGUAAUAUAAUAUGAAAUAAAAUAGCUGUAAUACAAUAAAAUUAUAUAUUUCUU